AUGGAGACACCUCCAAAUUCCCAAUUCAGGACGUUUUCGUCCACGUCAAUCAAUUCAUCGGCCACCAAUAUCUCACGGGUACCCUCUGGUCCACUUCUACAACUAAAUCUGUCGAUGAACCGCUCGUCCAAUGCGGAAGACCAUAUGUUCUACAAAUGCAGCUACUUGUUGAAGGAGCUUUCUAAGAUUCCUGGAAUGGAGCCGUUCAUGACUGCGGCCAUUCUGGCGUCCGAGAAAUGUGCAGAGCAGCAAGCUUUGGCGCUUCUGCAGCAAUUGCAGCAAGGUGAUGGUAGUGGAGAUGGCUUUCGUGCUUCGGUAGGUUCUGGAGGCUUCUCCAUAUACCUGGAUCACUCAGGAGCAUCUCAUUCCAACCAUCUACCCCUCACCAAUAGCAUUUUCACAUUUACGGCAGGUGUACUUCCUGCCAACCUAAGUCUGGACCCCGCAACACAGUUGUGGAAGCUUUUCCAACAAGGUGCUCCGCUUUGCCUAUUGUUCAACACUAUCGAGCCAGAACAUCCGAUUGCUAUCACAGAAAGCGAUGAUUUGCGUAUGUGUAAGAAGGCCGUAUACGAUUUCUUGAUCGCUGUCAAGACCUACUUGAAUUUUGACGAUGAAUUCAUGUUCACCAUCUCAAAUGUAUUUUCUGAGAAUACUCAUGAUUUGUUGAAGAUUGUGAAAGUGGUAACGAAACUAGUUGAAAUGGCAAACAAGUCCAACCUCUCAGAGACUAAUCCUCUCGACGACGUCACUUCUGACAUUGCUAACAUCAAAAUAACCGACGAACGCUCGAAGGUGUUUCGAGAGCUCAUCCAAACAGAGAGAAAGUAUAUACUGGAUUUGGAGUUACUCAUGGAGUAUAAAGCGGAAUUGGAGAACUCAGACGCUCUCUCUAGCGAACAGUUGCAUGUGCUAUUCCCAAACCUUAGCGAUAUUGUGGAUUUCCAUAGAAGAUUGCUAACUGGACUCGAGUGCAACAUCGAAGUUCCCACGAAGUACCAACGUAUAGGGUCCGUCUUCAUCCAUGCAUCUAACGGACCUUUCAGAGCAUAUGAACCGUGGACGAUUGGACAGGUUUCCGCAAUUGAGCUAAUUAACAAGGAGGCUAGCAAUUUGAGAAAAUCCUCGACGCUUUUGGACCCAGGAUUUGAAUUACAGUCAUACAUUAUCAAACCAAUCCAGCGUCUUUGCAAGUAUCCUUUGUUAUUGAAAGAACUCAUCAAGACGUACUCAGACUCUAUUGAUUCAGUUUGCUAUAAUGAGUUGCUAAUGGCAAGUGCUGCGAUGAAGGAUGUCGCAAACCAAGUCAAUGAAGCUCAGAGAAGAUCUGAAAACAUUGGUUACUUGCAAAACCUUGUAGAAAGAGUCAAGAAUUGGCGUGGUUUCAACUUACGCGAGCAAGGAGAUCUAAUGUAUCAUAGUGUUGUCGGAGUCAAGGAUGGAGAGGCUGAGAAGGAGUAUGUUGCAUAUUUGUUUGAGAAGAUUAUAUUUUUCUUUGUUGAGAACACCAACAAUGAUCCAAAGCACAAGGAAAAGAAAAAGAGAGAAAUUUUAACCUCCAGAAAGAAGUCCACAAGUAGUGCGUCGAGUUCUACGGCGAACUUAUUAGAGAGUCUUAGUGGUGGAAAGGAGAAGACGACCUUAGAGUUACGUGGCAGAGUUUACAUUUCUGAGAUAUACAAUAUCUCGUCGUCUAAUUUCCUGGGAUAUACGUUGGUUAUUUCGUGGUCUGGUAAGAAGGAGAGCGGGUCUUUCACUUUGCGUUUCAAGACUGAAGAGCCAAGAAAUCAAUGGGAAUCUUGCUUGAGGCACUUGAAGACAAAUGAAAUGAAUAGCCAGAUUCAUCGUCGCAUUCGGGACUCUCGCGGGUCCAUGGGCACCUAUGAAUCCUAUGAUGUAACUGCAGUGUAUGCGGACGGCUCUCCGGUUUCGCAGCAAGUUACGAGUACCACAGAGUCGCCGCUCCGGUCCUCCCCUUCAAACCAACGCCAUAAUUCGUCAUCAUCUACCUUCAGUUUAUUGAAGUUUGGGAAGCACAAGAGUGACGGUGCCACCAAUGGUUCAAGGCGAGUUUCUAAUUCCUCUUUGAACAAUGGUCAAUCUGAUACGUCAACUUCAUCAGCUGGGCUGCGGAACCCAAAUUUUAUCCAGAUUAAGCUCAUCUACAAUAAAGUUGAAAUUGGUGAGUGGUUGGGAGUGAAUUCGUCAACUCUGUUUGGUGAGUUGCAGCAGAAAAUCUCCCGACACAUUUCAAUGUGUAGUGAGGUUCGCACCGACAUUGUUAUUAACAAACUCAAGUACAAAGAUGAGGAUGGUGACUUCGUUGUGAUGGACUCUGCCGAUGAUUGGACGUUGGCCUUGGAGAUGGCGGACGAAAUUCGUGAGUUCGACGAAGACAAAAGCUUGACAAUCUGGGUAUCUUAA